CCAUAGAGAACCCAAAAACAAUUGUACAAACAAACACACACUUUAGGUGUACCCCUCAUUCUUGAAAAACUUUAACAAAAAAAAUGGGGUCAAUUUGCAAAUAUGGUCAUAACCAAUGUACCAUAUUGCAACUUUUCAAAACUUAAAGGGGGUGUUUUCUAAACUUUAUUCAGAAAAAAAAAUAAUAGCUACACUCUGUUUAUAAACCCCAUUUGAAACUCCCCACCACAAAGAUCAGUCAUUUCUUGCAUAAAGUUCAAAUCUUUUUUAUUUUCUUUAAAAUUUUAAGCAAAUUUUAAGCAAAUUUUUAUCAAAUUUCAAGAAAAUAAAAAAUUGGGUAUUGAAAAAGAUUCAAUCUUUACACUUAUUUCAUCCAUGUCGUUUGAUAUUAGUUAAAUUUCUUUCAAAAAUCUUUACUUUCUUGAAAUCUUUAUCAUUCAUCAAUCCAAAAUCUUGAAUUGAAUGUGUAUCUUUAUGCAAAAAUGGAUCUUGUGAAUGUUAAUUCAAUAAAGUUGCUACCUUUUGGUGAAUUGUGUGUAUCUUUUUGAAGAAAUUAUAAUAGGGUUAGGGUUUGUAAGAAAUAGGGGGAAGGAGAAUGGUAAUUGAUAGUCUGUUAAAUCUUACAGUUGACCCACCGAUAAAACGGCGAGCCGGGUUAAGGAGAAAACAGGCUGGGAGAGGCUCUUACAGGGGUAGCUAGGGGUUGAAGAUAGUAAAGAAAAGAUUUUUAGGUUUUUAAUUUGUUUUUGAGGUCAUAAUGUGUUAGUUUGAGGUAGAAAUUUGUUUAGAAAAUUGUUGAAAAAAAAAGAUGGGGAUUAGUGCAUUACAUCAAGCACUCAAGAAUCUUUGUCUUAACACUCACUGGAAUUAUGCUGUUUUUUGGAAACUCAAUCCUCAACCUCAAAUGAUGUUGACCUUUGAAGAUGCUUAUUAUGACAAAAAUGAUCCUUCAGAUGACCUUCUCGGCCUUGCAAUUGCGAAGAUGUGUUAUCACCAGUAUUCUCUCGGGGAAGGACUUGUUGGUCAGGUUGCGGUUACAUAUAAACAUCUAUGGGUAUCCGGAGAUCAGCUUGUUAACGAUCCCUACAUGUCCUUUGAGGAUUUUGAUGGAUGGAAAACUCAAAUUGCCACCGGGAUUAGGACAAUUGCCGUUGUGGGUGUUGUUCCUCAUGGAGUCGUACAACUUGGUUCGUUUAAUAAUAUUCCCGAGGAUUUGAAGAUGGUGAAUCAUAUCCAAGAAAUCUUUCUCGAGCUACAAAGUCCGUUAACGGGGUGUACGCCUAGCAACACAAGUUCAUAUAACAAUACGGUUACUUCCGUAAAUUACGGAAUAAACACAUCAUACCCGAUAUCAAAUUUUAAUCCGAAUGCAGAAUUAUGUAUGCCCGUCUCUUCAAACAUCCAAAUGCUAAACGAAAAUAUCGAAUCACAAAGCGAAACUGACACCAUGAACACCUUCAAAACGUCUUUUAAGUUUCCCGCUGGAUGUGAGCUAUACGAAGCACUAGGGCCCACAUUUUAUAAGCAAAACGACGAAUACAAUUGGCAAAAAGUCAAUGACAUGCCGGGAACAAGUAGUAGCAAUCUUUUGACGACAACCUCUGGGCCGGAAGAUCUUCUAGAAGCGGUUGUGGGUAAUGUUUGCCAAAACGAUAGUGAGUUUAGUAACUCGGUGAAAUGGGUUGAGCCUCGUUUUAGUGAUAUGCAAACUAGCGGUUCGGGUUGUUACUCGUUUGAAAGUUCGUUAGGGUUUUCGUCUGCAAGUCAUAGUAGAUGUGGUGAGUCGUUAGAGAGGUCACAAGAACGGGCUAAUGUCACUAAGAAACGGGCCAAACCCGGUGAAAGUAAUAGGCCUCGGCCCAGGGAUCGACAACUUAUUCAAGAUCGUAUUAAAGAACUCCGUGAACUUGUACCCAAUGGAUCGAAGUGCAGCAUUGAUUCGCUUCUUGAACGGACAAUCAAACACAUGCUUUUCAUGCAAUGUGUUACUAAGCAUGCCGACAAAAUCGAUAAAUAUGCCGAAUUAAAGUUGCUUAGCAAUAAAAAUGGCAUACAAGGUUCAUCAAAUCACGAGCAGGGUUCGAGUUGGGCAAUGGAGGUCGGGAACAACAUGAAAGUUUGUCCCGUAACAGUAGAAAACAUCGGUACAAAUGGCCAAAUGCUGGUGGAGAUGACGUGUGAAGAAGACGUCCAUUUUCUUGAGAUAGCGGAUGCCAUAAGAAGCUUGGGUCUCACCAUUCUAAAAGGCGUAACAGAACCCGAUGGUGAUAAAACAAGGAUGUGUUUUGUUGUUGAGGGACAAAAUAACAGAAACGUUCAUCGGAUGGAUAUACUUUGGUUACUCGUUCAAAUAUUGCAGUCGAAGGCGAAGACUUAACUUGAUUAUAACGGUAACAUAAUAUCGAAAGGACUUUAGUUGCUCCUUUGUGCUUGUUGGUCAUGAGUUAAGAUAAGCGUGUUAUUCUCAUUUCAUGUUAUAGUUUGGUUCAUAAUUUACGCGUUUUUUUUUCUGAAUGUAGGUUUCGCAAGUAUUUAGAAAAACGACACUGCGAAUUUGCUUUUAUGUUACUUGUUUAUUAUGGUAUAUGUAUAGUAGUCAUUCACAUGUAAUGGGGACUUUUAUACUAUAUAGUGCUUAUUUUGUAAUUUUUUUUUUUGUACUGAUUUGAAGGACUGAAGUCUUGAUUCAUAUAUGGUGUUAAACACAUGAUUCUACC